CAGAAUCUGACCUGGACAAUGACAUCUCGGCUCCCUUGUCGCCUGUCUGCUCCAGUGAAGUUGAGGAUAUACUAACACUUAGCCAUUUCCCCCAAUCGUUUCCUCUUCCUUCCAGGCCUGUUGCCUGGUUACAAUAUCGCGCGUCUACACGACACUGUUGACCCCGUUACGAGACCAUUCCCCCGCUGCCAACGACGAGGCUUGUGCCCAAAGUUAUAGCGCAACGACACUCAUUGCUCCUCUAUUACUAUUUGUUUACGAACAUUGCAGUGUAUAGAAUUAUCGCAUCAUGGAAAACUACCAGAAGAUCGAGAAGAUCGGAGAGGGCACGUAUGGCGUCGUUUACAAAGCUCGGGACCUAAGCAACCAGGGUCGCAUCGUGGCUCUGAAAAAAAUCCGCCUUGAGGCGGAAGAUGAGGGAGUACCGAGCACGGCCAUUCGCGAGAUCUCCCUGCUGAAGGAAAUGCACGACCCGAAUAUCGUUCGCCUGCUUAACAUCGUCCACGCUGAUGGGCAUAAACUAUACCUCGUCUUCGAGUUCCUUGACUUGGACCUGAAGAAGUACAUGGAAGCACUUCCUGUUAGCGAGGGUGGUCGAGGGAAGGCAUUGCCAGAUGGGUCUUUAAAUAUGAGCCGAUUGGGACUUGGAGAAGCCAUGGUCAAGAAAUUCAUGGCUCAGCUGGUCGAGGGCGUCCGUUACUGUCACAGUCAUCGGGUCCUGCACCGUGACUUGAAACCUCAAAACUUGCUGAUUGAUCGCGACGGCAACCUUAAGCUAGCAGAUUUCGGCCUAGCAAGGGCUUUUGGCGUCCCGCUCAGAACGUAUACUCAUGAGGUUGUUACUCUCUGGUAUCGAGCCCCAGAAAUCCUCCUGGGCGGACGUCACUACUCUACCGGGGUGGAUAUGUGGUCUGUUGGUGCCAUCUUCGCAGAGAUGUGCACCCGUAAACCACUGUUCCCCGGGGAUUCUGAGAUUGACGAAAUAUUCAAAAUUUUCAGAAUACGUGGUACUCCCGAUGAGAGAAGUUGGCCCGGCGUGACUUCGUUCCCGGACUUCAAAAGCUCCUUUCCCAAAUGGAGACGGGAAGACAUCCGAAAGAUUGUUACGGGCCUAGAAGAAAGCGGGCUCUUGCUGUUGGACGCGAUGCUCGAAUAUGAUCCUGCACGUCGUAUCUCUGCGAAACAAGCCUGUGUCCACCCAUACUUCCGUUCCUGCAGCUCCACCUACUCUGGGCGAAGCAAAACAAAUUAUCAAUGAAUAAUGAAAAUCAUACAAAAUAUCUUUACGGUGUGACGGUUUCCCUUUUAUUAUCUCCUUCCCCUUCUCAUGUGUCGUGUCAUGUAAUCCGGUCUCACUGGGGUAUGGCAGAACGACCCCUUUCCCAAUGCCAAUUCAUCCUGAAAGAAAAAUUCGUUUCGAGUUAUAUCCGUGGAUGUUUCUUUCUUUUACCCUUCCGAUUUUUGGUUCUACAUAUCUUUUCCCUCUUAUUGACAAAGUACCACAUGAGGUCGAGUCAGCUUUUUCUCUCUCUCUUUUUUUUUUUUCCCUUUGUCUGCAUGGCGUGAACGGUGGGGUUCUGGAGUCGUUUGCGCAAAGGGAAGUUGGGCAAUAGGAUGAAUAGAAAACACCCGAGCUUCUCUCAAUCCAAUGAUAAAUAUUCUAAGACGGAG